AGCUUUGGAUUUCUCAAAAAAAAAAAAGGUUUGGACGGCAAACAGCAGUGGCAAAAGCGUAGUUAACUGAAAUUGGAGGGGCUGUUGAUCUCAUACCACACAAGUGCAAAGCUAAUCAGAAAGAGGGGCGUAUUUCAUCUCUCUUCUCAAAAAGAACUGAAGAUGGAAGCAGCUGCAGCAGCCGCGGCUGUUGUUGGAUCUUCGUUUAGGAUUCAUAGACCUGCAACUUCUGUUGGGGGAUCGGUGUUUCUCGCUGCCAAUGGCCCCCAUUUUGUGCGUUUUUCUAUCAAAUAUGACUUCCCAACUAAUAAGCAUUGUUCCUUAGUUUCAUAUGGAAAAUCGGGGCAUAGAAGAGUGGGUUUUGGAAGGGGGAUAUCUGCAAUAGUAAGAGCGUCAUCAUCGUCACCGCCUUCAGAUUCUUCUGGGUCACUAGCUCCAAUAGCACCGCUUCAGUUCGAGUCCCCUAUAGGGCAGUUCUUAUCUCAAAUCUUGAUUACUCAUCCACAUCUUGUACCAGCAGCAGUUGAGAAACAGCUAGAGCAGUUCCAAACUGACCGUGAUGCAGAUAAAGAGAAGGAAGAGCCUGGCACUGAUUUAGUAUUGUACAGGAGAAUUGCCGAGGUGAAGGCCAAUGAAAGGAGAAAAGCUUUAGAAGAGAUUUUGUAUGCGUUGGUUGUGCAGAAAUUUAUGGAUGCUAAUGUUUCUUUGAUACCCACAAUAGCCCCCUCUUCUGCUGACCCAUCUGACCGUGUGGAUAAGUGGCCAAGCCAAGACGAGAAGCUCAAGCAACUUCACUCUCCUGAAGCAUAUGAGAUGAUUCAGAACCAUCUAGCUCUCAUUUUGGGAAACAGGGCAGCAGAUUCAACUACAGUAGCACAGAUAAGCAAACUAAGGGCUGGACAGGUGUAUGCAGCAUCUGUGAUGUAUGGAUACUUCCUCAAGCGUGUUGAUCAGAGGUUUCAGCUUGAGAAGACAAUGAAAAUCCUUCCUAACGUAGUGGAUGAGGGAGGUAGUAAUGUUCAACAAGAUAUGAAAUCUAGUCGCGGAGAGGAUGCCUUUCAAGCUGUGUCUUCCCACCCAGAAGCCUGGGCCGGUAGUAUCAGUCCAGGGGGAUUUGGUCAUAGCAUAAAGUCCUCUCGACUGCGAAGUUAUGUGAUGUCCUUUGAUGGAGAGACACUUCAGAGACAUGCAACAAUAAGAUCCAAAGAGGCAAUUAGCAUCAUUGAGAAGCACACAGAGGCCUUGUUUGGAAGACCAGAAAUUGUGAUAACUCCUCAAGGGACCAUUGACUCUUCCAAGGAUGAACUUGUGAAGAUCAGCUUUGGUGGUUUGAGGAGACUUGUUUUGGAGGCUGUGACUUUUGGUUCAUUCCUCUGGGAUGUUGAGAGCUAUGUGGAUUCAAGGUACCAUUUUGUUAUGAACUGAGGAAUUCUUGCCUGGAUUCCUGUUAAAGCAAAUUUGUGUCAAGAGGUACAACUAACGGAAUUUAAAUGUCAUAAGUGAGAGUAAAUUACUAAAUUCGGUGAUAACAUCCUAGUAAUUGUACUGAUAUUUUUGUUCAUAGUUUUGUUAAUGUAAUUUCUUGUUUUAGUUUGCAUGGUGAAACGGAGAUGGCUAUAUGAAAUUCGUUUUACUAUCUUUCAUUA